AUGAUUUCUCGUCAGGCAGCCAAAUUAGUAAGUACAGCUCGUAGUGGACUUUCAGUCGCUUCUUCCAGUAGAAUAUCCAUAGCUUCAAGAUAUUCCUCAUCCACUGCUGAAUCACAAAGUGAUGUUAAAUUUGAAAUUAAUAAGAAUGGCAAAAGGCUAACAGGUGCCGAGUAUUUGGAAAGUAUUAAAUCUGUGAUCUCCGAAGAAACUGUGCCGAAAGCAGCUUUCGAUGUUCUUCUCCAAGAGUUCGAUUCAGUCAAUUCUGAAAGUAGUGAUUGGAAGGACAAAUAUCAGCGUUCGUUAGCUGAAACUCAAAAUGUUAGAAACAGAGGAAAUCGACUAGUUGAUGAAGCCAAGUUGUUUGCCAUUCAAGGUUUCUGUAAGGACUUGUUAGAAGUCGCUGAUAUUAUGGAUCUCGCCGUUACUUCUAUCAAGGAAGAAGAUUUAGCGAAAGCUGAUCCAGCUCUCAAAAACUUGCACGACGGAAUCGUUAUGACCAAAACAGUUUUACACAAAACUUUUGCUAAGCAUGGAUUAGUGUCUGUUAAUCCACAAGGGGAGAAGUUCGACCCUAAUCUUCAUGAAGCUGUGUUCCAACUUCCUAAAGCUCAGAUGCCAAGUGUGGAUGCUGGUUGUAUAGGUCAUGUAGCUAAAGUAGGCUAUUCUUUGAAAGAACGACCAAUCAGAGCUGCCCAAGUUGGUGUUGUUGUAGAAUAA